UGAUCAAUAUCCGGUAGUGAAACGCCGAGCUACACAGCUCGUUGAGAUUCGUCAUUGGAAAGUUGCUGAUUCCCGCCAUUACGUGCUUUUUCUGCCGUGCAGCUUUUGAUUACGGGAGGAAGACACGAUGACGGACGCUCAGUAUUCAAAUUACCAACAACAAGGGUACAACCAGUACAGUCAGCCACCACCAUCCAGUGGUCAGGAUACCUCGUAUCCACCACCUUCCACUGGUGGUAGCGGUGGCUACAAUCAAUAUAGUCAGCCACCCCCAAGUACUGGAGGCAAUUACGGCAAUUAUAAUAGUUACAACUCUGGCGGUGGACAAGAUUAUAAUCAGCCACCGAGCCAGGGUUACAGUCAAAAUUAUAGCGGAGGUGGCUCUGGGAAUAGUGGAAAUAGUAAUUAUGGUGGAGGUAAUUAUGGACAUGGAGGAGGAGGAGGAGGAGGCAGUGGAGGCUACAAUCGCAGCUCUGGAGGAGGCUAUGGUGGAGGUCAAGGAGGAGGCGGAGGCGGUAGAUACGGGGAUCGUGGUGGCUACAAUGACCGCUCCGGCGGUGGAUACAACAGUGGCGGUGGCCGUGGUGGUUAUAACAAAGGGGGCUAUGGUGACCGCGGUGGUGGCAACGAUGGAAUGGUCACGCAGGAAGAUACUAUUUUUGUAUCUGGUAUGGAUGUCUCUAUUACGGAGGAAGAAAUCUGUCAACAUUUCGGUGCCAUUGGUAUAAUCAAACAUGAUAAGCGAACGGGAAAACCGAAAGUGUGGAUGUACAAAGAUAAGAACACCGGAAAAUCUAAAGGCGAAGCCACCGUAACUUACGAUGAUCAAAACGCCGCCCGAUCCGCGAUAGAUUGGUUCGACGGCAAGGACUUCAAGGGGCGAAUUAUUAAAGUACAAAUUGCUCAGCACAAGAGCAACUGGCAAGGCAAUCGAAGCGGUGGAAGCCGCGGUGGCGGUAGCCGUGGCCGAGGAGGAAGUAGUUUCGGAAGCCGUGGCGGCGGUGGUGAUAGAGAUGAUCAUCAUCGCGGCGGUGGAGAUGAUAGGCGCGAUGGGGGUGGCCGAGGAGGAGAUUGGAGGUGUCCCAAUCCAGAGUGCGGGAACACGAAUUUCGCGUGGAGGGAUCAAUGUAAUCUCUGCAAAAGCUUGAAGCCAGAGGGUGCCGGUGGUAGCGGAGGUGGCGGGAGAGGAGGCAGUCGUGGUGGCGAUCGAGGUGGUCGGGGCGGUUUCAGAAGCGAUAGGGGUGGCCGGGGAGGCGACCGAGGUGGGCGAGGCGGUUUUCGGGGCGGCGACAGGGGCGGCAGAGGUGGCCGGGGAGGUCCAAUGAGAGGAGGUGGAGGUCGAGGAGAUAGGGACAGAGAUCGUCAGCGUCCUUAUUAAUUGUUAAUUAAUAAGUGAUUCGUAUAUCACUCGAUUGACGUGUUGUACGCAUUUUGUACACAAUAUCUCAACGUAUGUAAUGUAUAUUUUUCAUAACACAGAAAACGUGUUACACUCCAUUUAUCAUCGAUUUGUUUUCCCUCGUACAUUUUUUAUAUUUACGGAAAUCGAUGCGCAACGCGUAAUUUUUCUGCUUUGUAUACGCGUGUAUAAACUAUAAGCGCAUGUGUAAAGUUACAUUUUAAUAAAUAAGACCUCUACCCCUGUACAAGA